AUCCUAUAUGAUUUGAAAUGAAACGAAAGAAUGAAUUUGUGCUUCAGUUGCAUCAUUCGCGCUGCGGAGGAAACGAGCAUAUUUCUCCACCCACUUGCUGUGGAACUUUGUGCCACUGCACUCAGACAGCACUUUGCGCUCCGGAGCACAUUUCAGCCAGUCUUAUCAGACAGCGUAGAGCACCAGGCUUUAGUCCAUAUCCUCUCGUCACAUUUUCUACCGUUAUCAGUACUAAAAAAAUAAAUAAAUAAAUAACGAAAUAUAAUUCUACGGAUAUAUUAUUAACCUGCUUGAAAUGGAGAAAACAAACGAAAUUAACGGACACGCUGGCAAUCACACCGAAUGCACCAUUCCUGCUGCCGAGGUAGAUCAAGUUUCAAACAAAAAUUGGCAACUAACCGCUCAGGAGAAGUUCGCUAAUUUUUUUAAAAGAAAUCUUUUGGUCAUAUUGACCGUGUCUGGCGUCCUAGUCGGUGUUGGCAUCGGCAUGGCAGUCAGGAACAUGAACCUCACCCGAGCGCAAAUGACUUAUUUUGCCUUCCCUGGUGAGAUGCUCCUGAGGAUGUUGAAAAUGAUUAUUCUUCCACUAGUCGUGUGCAGUUUGAUUUCAGGUGCUGCCAGCCUGGACACCAGAUCCUUAGGAAAACUAGGUGGAAUUGCCAUCGCUUACUUUUUGGUGACAACGCUUAUAGCUUCUGGCAUAGCAAUAGCCCUUGCCUUCAUUAUCAAACCUGGAGUUGGUGCUGGUGCGCUGAAUACGAACAGUCUAAGAUUAACUGGCACAGUAACCAACAGCAAAGAGCCGGUCGACUCCUUUUUAGAUCUUGCAAGAAACCUGUUUCCUGCUAACCUUGUUGCUGCAGCCUUUCGAUCGUAUGCAACCGACUACAAGACUGUCACGACUGGAAAUGCAACUGCUGGAAAUCUUACCUAUGAAAAGAUACCCACUGGCUCAGAGAUAGAUGGCAUGAAUAUCCUGGGCCUAGUCCUGUUUGCCAUUGUGUUUGGAAUAGCUCUAAGAAAACUUGGACCCGAAGGGGAAGAAUUAAUAAAAUUGUUCAACUCUUUUAAUGAAGCGACAAUGGUCCUUGUAUCUUGGAUCAUGUGGUACGUGCCCAUUGGUAUUAUGUUCCUAGUUGGCAGCAAAAUCGUGGAGAUCGAAGAUGUAGUCCUCCUUAUCACUAGUCUGGGAAAGUAUAUAUUUGCAUCGAUACUGGGGCAUCUUAUCCAUGGAGGAAUAGUUCUGCCUCUUAUCUACUUUGGAUUUACUCGAAAAAAUCCCUUCAGCUUUCUCUCAGGGCUCAUCACACCUUUUACAACUGCUUUUGCCACAUGCUCCAGUUCUGCUACUCUUCCUUCCAUGAUCAAGUGCAUUGAGGAUAAUAACGGUGUUGACAAGAGGAUCAGCCGCUUCAUCCUGCCCAUUGGCGCCACGGUCAACAUGGAUGGGGCUGCCAUUUUCCAGUGCAUUGCUGCCGUCUUCAUUGCCCAGUUAAACAACGUCGAGCUAAAUGCCGGGCAGAUCUUUACCAUUCUUGUUACUGCAACAGCCUCCAGUGUAGGAGCUGCAGGGAUCCCGGCUGGAGGGAUCAUCACUAUUGCAAUCAUACUGGAGGCCAUUGGCCUGCCAACCAAUGACCUGUCUCUCAUGUUAGCCGUCGACUGGAUUGUAGACCGGACGACUACUGUAGUAAAUGUAGAAGGAGAUGCCUUGGGUGCAGGAAUCCUCCACCACAUCAACCAAAAGGAAAUGAAGAAGCAGCAAACCGAGCUGGAGACUGUGCGAGUGGAAGCCGUACCCAACAUCAAGUCAGAGGAGGAGACGUCUCCACUGGUCACACACCAGAACAUGGGGGUCAUGCCUUUCAGAAAGGGAGACUUGGAGUCACAAGAGUCUGUACUAUGAAAUUUGAACCGCUCCCCUUAACAUCAGACAAAUGCUGUGUGACUGACAUCGGACGGACACCAUUUUAUAUGUUUUUUUCAUCCCCGUUUAAAAGGUUACAAAGAUGUAUUUCUGCCCACCUGGCAGAUUUUUUUUUUUUCUCCUGCACCUUUACAAAUUACGUGCUGUGGCCAUGUAGGUAAUAAUGGUAAACAUCCCUGUGUUCACAGAUGUAUGUGAACAAUCAGUAUGACGGGUUUUACAGUGAAUGCUGGUAGUAUAAGCAGGGCUUUUUUUUGGUCUAUUUUCCAUUUGGAAUAGUAAGAGUUAGCCUUGGGUUAUGCUCCAGUGCAGUUUGUUCUAGUUUUUCCAAUCUUCUAAAGUGAUUUCUCUUUUCACAUCUGGUAUGUGCUUGAUGUUGUGAUAAGCAAUAAAAGAAGCAGCGAAAGAGAAGUUGCGGGCUUCUUGCUUUCGAGUCCAGAUAAGUGUAGUUUAUUGAAGAUAAAAGUUCUGAGUUGCAAAGUUGCAACCAGGCAUCUUAACGGUUACAUGGUGACAACAGUUUGCAGGUAUCCUCUCUCCAAGCACGGAUCAGAGCAAUACAAAGAACAUUAAGCAUUUCCCAGUUUAAAUGUGGUUUCUUGUGACAUCAUGUUUUUCCUUAAACCCAAUCACAAGAGAACACAUUUACAAGUAUUUACAAUCCUUACAUCAAAAGAUUCACAUCCUACAUGGUCUGUGCAUCUAAUUUCAAAUGCUAUCUUGUCCUUCUUCCUAAAUGGAGGCCUAUUUUCUUAAAUCUUUGAUGGGAGGAAAGAGAGAGAUAGCUUCCUGGAGUUCUUUGAAGUUUCCAUCAUGAGAGACACCUAUUGUGUCAGAGGUGUCACCUCUCUGGUACACCUCUUACAGGAGACAAUAGUCAUAAUAACUGGUUGAGUUCUCAUGGAAGUAGCUCUCACAGAUCUCCAUUUGUCUGUCUUUCCCACGAUUAACAACAUUACUUUAUUCUAUACUAAAUCUAAAGUCUAAUCAAUGUACUUAUUUCUAAAUAAAUGUAUUCCUACACUUGAUUUCACACAGACUUGCUCUGGAAAUUGUUCCAAGCCUGAACCAAGUAAAAGGAAACCAAACACCAGGUACAUUUCAUCAGUACACAAAGUAAACCACGACCACAUUUUAUAAACUGAAAAGGUGUUAUCUUUACCUCCAGUACAAUGUUUGCAUUGAAAAAGGAAACCACUAGAAAGUAAACACCACUACAGUAUUUCAUUUUUUUUUUUCUUUGAGCGGUUGUUUGUUUUUUGGUGGGGUAUCUUCUCCUUUCCUGGGGAGGGGACAGGCCCCUUUGAAUUUUUGUUUUUUUAAAUAGGGUAUUAAAGCUGAGUCAGUCUGGUCUGGAUAGCAGGCGUGAACAGGUUCUUAGAAGCUCAGUGUUAAUGGUGAGUGCUAAUCAUGGCUUAACAUUAACUCUGUCAUUGGAAUUAUCUUCAGACCCCCAAUUUAUGUGAUGAAUAUCGUAACAUGUGACAUGUUACCAGGAGAAAGUGUAAACUGCAUUUUAUUUUUAAAAUAUGCAUAUAAUAAUAAUCAGCAAUCAUUAUGUUCGUAAGAAAGGUAAUAUGAUUGAUUUUAAAGCCUUAAUUGUCACUCCUUAAAAAAGGUACUGAUACGGUAUGUGUACUGAAUAUGAUCAGUGUUGCACAGAAUAAUUUUGGAUCAAACACAGAAGGCUUCUGCGUUCAUAGUUGUUGGUAAUAUAAACAUGUAUAAUAUGUAGUAGACCCUUUUAUUGAUGUGAUACAGCCACCUGAGAUUUCUUACGAGUCCCUUAUCAUUUUAAUGUAUUUUUCCAGACUUUUUGCACUUUGAAUUAGAUGAAGUCCAAUCCUGCCACAACUUUGUAGAUUAAAUACCUGUGGGGAGUUAUUAGGAAAGCACCUGACUCUUCCAGUGUGCAGGACAGGGAUGUUUAGGUUACAGGCAUACAGUAGUUGCACAGGGAGUGCACCAACAAUGUGGCUGGAUAAAUGGGUUUCACCAAAGUCAAAGUGAAAAUAAAGUCUGUAAAGCUAAAAGUCUACAAAAGAAUGAUAGGGACUAUCAAGAAAGGUGUCAGGUAAGAAAAAUAUUUUAGAACUUUGGUUAUGAAACUAUUAAUAAGUGGACAUGUCCUUAUUAAGCUUCAAAUGUGGGGGGCGGGGUCUACAGAAAAGCUGUCUAUCUUGUAUUUAUACACAAUAUUUCUCAGUGCUGUGUUGAAUACGUGUUAUAAUAUAUGAAUUAUAUAUACCACAACUAAUAAAGAUGAAAGAAAAGAAAAUGCAGCUUUCAUUAUCUCUAUUAUUUUGUUCUUGUGCAAAUAAUAAUAGGUCCAGUAGGUGGUGCUAUUUUUCGAGAAAUAUUACACUAUGUAACACAAUUUUUGUUCCUGGGUAAUAAGUGUUAUUUCCUAAUUGCUUAUGCCUCAAAAGUAUAGAAAAUGGCUAUUAUUCCCCACAAACUUUGCUUUUGUGACCAGGACAGUGAUAUUUUGAAAUGUACCUAUUUCCAAUGAGAAAACGGGCGAAUUUGUGUCUUUUCGUUCACAUAAAGUCAGAAAAAAACAUAUAAAUCCAAAUUAACAUGUAUUUAUACAAAAGUAAUACAAAAAUGACUACAAAAGAUUUAGAAGUGAGUAGUUUUUUGAGAUUUACGAUUAUAUUGUAAAUCACUUUCACGAAUCAGCCGCCAAAUGUAGUCUCCCAUCAUGUUCUUGUUAUACUGUCCUUGGUAGUGGCGUUCAAAGUCCAGUAUAUCCUGGUGGAAGCGCUCGCCUUGCUCCUCCGAGUACGCUCCCAUGUUCUUCUUGAAUUUAUCAAGAUGAGCAUCAAGGAUAUGGACUUUGAGGGACAUCCUACAGCCCAUUGUGCCGUCUUCUUCACCAGUCUUAACCAGCUCCACAUAGUUUUCGGCCUUGUGAUUGCCCAGGAAGCCCCGAAUCACUGCGACAAAGCUGUUCCAAGCCACUUUCUCCUUACUAGUGAGCUUCUUGGGGAAUUUAUUGCACUCCAGGAUCUUCUUUAUCUGUGGUCCGACGAAGACACCGGCUUUGACCUUUGCCUCAGACAGCUUAGGGAAGAAGUCUUGAAGGUACUUGAAGGCUGCCAACUCCUUAUCUAGAGCUCUGACAAAUUGUUUCAUAAGGCCCAAUUUGAUGUGCAGUGGUGGCAUCAGCACCUUCCGGGGGUCCACCAGUGGCUCCCACUUGACGUUGUUCCUCCCCACAGAGAACUUGGUCCGCUGUGGCCAGCCCCGCCUGUGGUAGUGCGCCUUGGUGUCCCUGCUGUCCCAAAGGCAAAGAUAGCAGGGAAACUUGAUAAAACCGCCUUGGAGACCCAUCAGGAAUGCCACCAUUUUGAAGUCUCCUAUGACCUUGAUGCCAUCUCAGAAAAAUACAGAUAUGUAUCCACUUAGGCAGCUGGAACUAAACUGAACUGGUGGGCUUAAGGCCCCUGUAUUUAUACUACUAUUUAUAUUACUGGAAAGUUCUAGAAAGUUCUAGAAGUUACCCCAAGUUUACUCAGCACUGAAUCUAUCUGGAAUGUUCUGGAAAAUAGGUAAAUUUCAAAAUAUCACUGUCCUGGUCACAAAAGCAAAGUUUGUGGGGAAUAAUAGCCAUUUUCUAUACUUUUGAGGCAUAAGCAAUUAGGAAAUAACACUUACUACCCAGGAACCAAAAAUAAAAUAAAAAUUUGUUACACGGUGUUAUCUAACAAUUAAAUACAAUACAUUUAACUGUUUACUAAUGUUUAUGGUGCUUUUAGCACACCUUUUUAAAAAAAAAAAAAAAUGGUACAGCAAUACACUACCAUAGAGGCAUGACAGUGCUGUAUUUAGGAUAGAUAGAUGCAAUGACUGCUGUAUAAGAAAUCCCUAGUUUAUAAUUGUAGCUAAUUCAAUCAUACACAAAUGGAUUGUACUGUUUCACUCACAAACCCUGAUAAAUAGGCUAACAUUUAGCUUUUUGGGGUCAUUUGAAAAUCUCCAGAAUAUGUAAUAAUUAAUUUUCAUAGAUAUGCAGACAGUGCUAAUUUAAGCCUACUAUAUUUUCCUAAUUUUAAACUAUUGUGGUAACUGUUUUCUGAGUAGUGUUCGUUCGGUUGGAUGUUCAGAUCUAAAAUCAUUGUGUAUAGUAUGGGCCAUGUGCUUGGAACCAGGUUUAUAGUAAAUGCACUCAUGUAUUCUGUAUUCUGUGCUGUGAGUUAGUUUUUUAACUGCUUUUGAGAACAAUAAAUCAGUAAAACAA